AUGGACACAGAAGAAUACUCUGACGAACAACUUAACUUCUUUAGGCUUUGUCAUAUCUUCACUGAUGAAGUUGCAGGGAGUCUGCGACUAUUCUUCAAACAGGAGUGGGAUCGACGUCACAAAGGAAAAUGGAAGGACGGGCGAAAAUAUGGACAGAAAUUUAAACGUCGUGAAUCUGGAGAAAACCAAGAGAAAAAUAAAGAAAAUCUGAAAAUCAUGGUUAAGGGAAAUACAGCUGAGUGGGAUUGCACCAAGUUGUUCUAUGCCAUCUGUUAUUCUGAUUGUAUCGGCAGGAAACUCAGGACAGCUCAUAAAAAAGCACUAGAGAAACUCAGAAAGGCUCGUAAUAAAUUUUAUGCGCACGUCCCACGCGGCAUGAUCGAAAGCGCGGAGUUUGAAUUUAUCGUCAAAGAAAUUGAAAAUGCCCUUUUAAAUCUUGGUCUCUCCACGCGCAAUAUUAGAGUGAUAAGAAAACAGACAAGUUUUCCUACUAAGGAAUUAAAUAAAGUGCUGGCAAAGGUCAAGAGUCUUGAACAGGAAGUGAAGGUGCUCGAAGCUCAACUAAACAAGGACGUUUCUUCCUUCUGCGUCCUGCCACCCAAACCUUUCCACGAUGUUGUAGAUCGUGAUCGCGAGGUGGCUAAAAUUGCAAAACAGUUGGAAGAGCUCAAAGAGGCCAACGAGAACAGAUUAAGUUACUUGUACAUUUCUGGAAACCCUGGAAGUGGCAAAUCUCAGUUAGCCGGUCUCGUGGCGAAGAGACUUUUCAAUGAAGACACUCAAAUUCCAUUUACAGCUUCCUUUGUGAUGACGAUAGAUGCGAAAACCCCAAGCACUAUUCUUAAAUCGUAUGUCGAAUUGGCCCGAAAGAUUAAGUGCCCAGAGUAUUCCAUUACUAACACACUUAACUCUUCGGGUUUGAACUCAGACGAAAAGAUUGCUAAUUUGAAGUCCCUAAUCGGCUCAAAAAUCGAGCUUUACACCACCUGGCUUCUGGUUGUUGACAACGUCGAAAGUAUCUCUAAGAUUAAUGCCUACCUGCCAGCGUCUGGAAAUGAAAAGUGGGCGAGAGGUCAAUUGCUGAUCACAACACAAGACACCGCGCAUAUUCCGUCAGUGAGCUCUUUUGUCAAUCACGUCUCAGUCAGCAAAGGUAUGGAGGCCAAUGAUGCAGUACACCUACUAAAAAAGGUUUCUGGCUGCUCAGGUUAUGAGAGGGAGGAGGUUGCUCAAAGAUUAGACUAUCAGCCCCUUGCCUUAGCAAAAGCUGCCGCUUACGUCAGGGGAGUUCGUGAUAUCGAAGGUGGAGCAAAUUUUGGCUGGAGUGAUUACUUAAAGAAACUCAAGGAAGGAAGAACAGUUGCCUCUGAGAAAAUUGUCGUAGACCCAGUUUAUCCACAAUCAAUGGGUGAGGUAACGAGAAUAGCUGUUAAAGAGGCAAUUAAAUCCACCAAUGUUAUAAUCAAGAACGUUUUUACUCUGCUUUUCUUUUGUGCACCGCAACCGUUAAGUUUGGAGAUAGUAACCAAUUAUAUUCGGAACGUAGCGGAGGAAAUGGGCGAUAAAAAUGCUAUCAGACUGCAGAUUCAAAGAUGCUCUCUGCUCCUUUUUCACCAAGAGAAGAAUGCUCUCUUUAUAAAAACCCAUCAGGUUGUACACGAUGCCAUCCGCGCUGUGCUUAAAGAUUAUCUCAAGUAUGAUAAGUUAGGAGCCAUGAAAGCAGCAUUCAUGUCAUUUUACCAGUUCGUUGAGGAUACUCAACGAGAUCAUCUUUCCUUCUUAGAUACUUUCGCGAAGCACUCUCAAUGCAUUCCUCAUAUAGAAUCAUUGACGACACAAAUUAAAGAUAUUUUUUCUGUGGAAGAAACGCGAAAUCGUGUAAAGAUUAUGUUUGAAUCUGACGCACGUUGCCUGGAAACACUCGGGACGAUUUGUGAAGAACAUUUUGCAGACCAAGCGGCAGAAGAUUGCUUUGAUAUUUUCCUUAAAAUCCGGCCUGAAAACCUCAGCCCUGAUGAUCUUGACGUCGGAAUGGCCUACAGUUCCUUGGGUGGUGCGCAGAUAAACCUGCAAAAAUACGAAAAGGCAAAAGAGAGUCUUGAUAGUGCACUUAAAAUUUUUAAGAAGCUCAGACCUGGGGAUGUCAUAGUUGGAGUGACGUACAGUAGUCUAGGAGAUGCGCAUCAAAUCCUAUGCGAUUCCAUUCCGGCAAAGCAGUGUUAUCGUCGCGCAAUUUCCAUUUUCGAGAAAGAGCUAACACCUGACGAUUAUAUCGUCGGCGAAACUUAUAGUAACCUGGGAAAUGUAUUGAAAGACCUCGGUGAGGCAAAAGAGGCAAAAGAGAAUUAUGAUCGUGCACUUCCCAUUCUUUUGAAAAAGCUCAGACCUGGAGAUGCCGAAGUUGGAAUGACGUACAAGAACCUAGGAGAUGUGAAUUAUGAUCUCGCACUUCCCAUUCUCCAGAAAGAGCUGGGACCUGAGAGUUAUGUCGUGGGAAAAACACUCAUGGAGCUGGGAAAAGUGCCAAGUGAGCUAAACCAGGCAAAAGAGAGUUAUGAACUCGCACUUCCCAUUAUUCUGAGAGAGUUUGGACCAGAAGAUUGUUGGAUAAAAAUGAUCAAGGACCGCUUGGUAAAGAUAAAGCAAUUGCAGGAAAAUGUCCUGCGAUCUUCGGGUAGUUUUGGAAAACGACCCAACUGUUCAGGACAUCUUGGAUUAGUCCCUGCAAAACGAUCGAAAAAGAAGUAA